GCCUCGGCUGACACCUGGCUAUAAACCCAGGCAAGGAAGCCCAAAGUCCACUGCACAACUCGGCCGUGUGGGGGCACGAAGGCACGCGAGAGCGAGAGAGAGAGAGAGAGAGAGAGAGACGCCGUGAUGACUUCCAGUGAGAUCCACAUCCCCGGGGAGGUGAAGAGCGACCCCGCUGCCCUCAUGGCAUCCCUCCAGCUGAUGCCCUCGCCGGUGCCCAACCCGGAGAUCAAGUACACUAAGAUUUUUAUCAACAAUGAGUGGCAGGACUCUGUGAGUGGGAAAGUCUUUCCAGCUUAUAACCCAGCAAAUGGAGAGCAGAUCUGCGAUGUCCAGGAGGCAGACAAGGCUGAUGUUGAUAAAGCAGCGCAAGCGGCUCGGCUGGCCUUUUCAUUGGGGUCUGUAUGGCGAAGGAUGGAUGCAUCCGAGAGGGGUAGACUCCUGUCAAAGCUGGCUGAUCUGGUGGAGAGGGACAGCAUCUAUCUAGCGACUAUUGAGUCACUCAACAGUGGGAAGCCUUUUCUGCCAACUCUAUUUGUGGACCUUCAAGGGACCAUAAAGACAUUGAGAUACUUUGCUGGAUAUGCAGACAAGCUCCACGGCACUUCUAUUCCAAUGGAUGGAGAGUAUCUGACGUUUACCAGAUAUGAGCCCAUUGGAGUUUGUGGACAAAUUAUCCCUUGGAACUUCCCUCUGAUGAUGACGGCAUGGAAGCUGGGCCCAGCGCUGGCAUGUGGAAACACCGUUGUCCUCAAACCUGCUGAGCAAACACCGCUCACCUGCCUCUAUAUGGCCGCGCUUGUCAAGGAGGCUGGCUUUCCACCAGGAGUCGUCAAUAUUUUGCCGGGAUUCGGGCCAACGGCGGGAGCCGCAAUCGCUUCUCACAUGGGCAUCGACAAAGUGGCGUUCACAGGAUCGACGCAGGUUGGAAAGCUGAUCCAAGAAGCAGCUGGGAAGAGUAACCUAAAAAGAGUCACGCUGGAACUGGGAGGCAAGAAUCCCAACAUCAUAUUUGCAGAUGCAGAUCUGGAUCUGGCUGUUGAACAGGCCCACCAGGGUGUGUUUUUCAAUGCGGGCCAGUGUUGCACCGCAGGCUCGCGCAUCUUCGUGGAGGAGCCUAUCUAUGAGGAGUUUGUCCGCAGGAGCGUGGAACGAGCCAAGAGGAGGACAGUGGGCAGCCCGUUUGAUCCCACGGCCGAGCAAGGUCCACAGAUCAGUCGAGAGCAACAAAACCGUGUGCUGGAAUUCAUCCAGACCGGCAUCAGUGAAGGCGCCAAGCUGGAGUGUGGUGGCAAAGCUCUGGGCUUGAAGGGCUUCUACAUUGAGCCCACUGUGUUCUCCAACGUGAGGGACGACAUGUGCAUUGCCAAAGAAGAGAUUUUUGGACCAGUACAGCAGAUAAUGAAGUUCAAAACAAUGGAGGAAGUGAUCGAACGGGCCAACAACACAGACUAUGGUUUGGUUGCUGCAGUGUUCACCAAUGACAUCAACAAAGCCAUGACCGUAUCAACAGCCAUGCAGGCUGGCACUGUCUGGAUAAACUGCUUCAACGCUCUCAGCACACAGUGUCCAUUUGGAGGAUAUAAAAUGUCUGGCAAUGGACGUGAAUUGGGUGAGAGCGGACUGAAGGAGUACUCAGAGGUGAAGACCAUCACGAUGAAAAUGGUUACCAAGAACUCUUAAGGCAUCCUCUCAUUCCGGGAGGAGGAGGUAGCAUCUUCCUCAGUACUGCUCGGUGGCAAAACCAACCAACUCUUCAUGGUGACUACAGGCUGUGACCCCUCCAUGCCCUUCGACUGCCCCCCACCCCGCACACCUUGGUCCCAAUGUGGGAGCUGUCCUGAUUGACAACCACUGAACCAUCCCACUGUACCUCCUCCACUAACUCCACUAAAGCACUCACAAGACAACCCCAUCCAACAAACCAGGCUACACCCUGAUCAACACCAACCCGCCAGCCUGAGCGCGUAGAUGCUGCUGCCAGACUCCGUCGCCGCACUUGCAAUGAACCAUUUACUCGCCACCUAUGUUGGAGGCUGUCAUCAAACCUCACAUUGUGUCACUGCUUUGGUCCAGCCACUACAAAUAUGCAAGCAUCGUAAGACCUCUGAUGAUGUCAUUAGCCUCAGUUAUGAAUGGAUGAAAAGUUAAUUCCCAACUUCAGUUGAUUUCUAAUUGUCUUUUUUAACUUGGCUUAACACUGUAUGUCAACCUUUGACUGAUGUAUACAAGAAGAUUUGAACCUCUUUACAAACUUUUACUCUCACCUGCUAAAAGAGGGCUUAGAUGUAUUUGAAAUGUUAUGUAACUGAUUGUCAUUGAUGUCCAUCUAUGUUAUGUUUGUACAACCAUAUGCUAUAAAAUUAUAAAAUGACCAUAGGUUUUUUUUUCAGUAAAAAAAGCUUUUUCGUGUAAAA